GGAGCGUGUCUUCUUCUGGUAAUGGAUUAUUUAUUUUUGAAAAAGUUGAAGUAACUUAGAUUUGAAAAUAACUGGUGAAUAAGGGAACGUGCUUCUGUCACAUCAACGCGCUUGCAAGAGACUCGACUACGUACAAGUUCCCAUUUUCACUUUGCUCUUCGCUGGUCUGAAAUGGCUACGGUUUUGGGUUGGGUUCUGGUGGGGUUUGGUCUCGGGGUGUUGGCCGUUGUUGCUGCGGAAGCUCUGGGGUUGUUAUGGAUCAUGAAAAGGUUGCAGCAUAAGAGCAAUAGCGACGAAGCCUACUUCUCCUCAAAGACCCUAACUACUGCGUUGCUUGAUCCCCAACAGUCUCUGGAUUUUGCGUUUAGAAAGCAGGGUGUGGUUUGGGUUCUGGAAUCUGGAAAAAUUACAAAACAGUCCAGGGAGCAAAAAAGGAAAAAUGAUCUCUUGGAGGUUUCCCCUGUUAAGAUGUAUGGACAAAUCAAGGGUCAAUCGCUUAUUCUCAGAGACUCUGAUGGUUUGCACACAACGAUUGAACUCAAGGGCUGUGCAGUUCAAGCCGUGUCCGCAUCAAUACUUUCUUCAAGAAAAUGGGCAAAGAAGUUCCCUAUCAAAGUGGAAAACAAAACCUCUGUCAUAUACAAUGGAAACAAAACUAUUUAUAUAUAUCUUGACACUUCAUGGGAGAAAGAAGCAUGGUGUAAGGCCCUCUAUCUGGCUUCAUGUGAUAAAAAAGAAAAAAUCAAAUGGUUUACCCAGUUGGAUGAUGAGUUUCAUAGUUAUCUGACUUCCUUGAACUCUGUUUACCAUUCUUUUAUGAAACCAUCGGUUGGAUCAAGUGUUGAAGUGUUAGAAAGGGCUGGCAAGCCUGAUGGUUCUUCCUCAAAGGUUCGGCAAUUUUGGAGAAAGGUUUCUAAAAGAACAUCCCGAGUUGGUUUGGAAAAUAUAUCAACUCGAUCUUCACAAUCAGGUAGUGAAGGGAAAAAGACCACUGAGAAGCUUCGGGCUUGCCAAGAUGCAAUUUUGGCUACUAGUUUGUUGAAGUCUGCUUCAACAUCAAAGCUUCUAAACAAUUCCAUAGUAGACAAUGAGAAGUUUGGCAUUGAUGAAGGAACAUUAUGUUGGAAUUUGUUGAUUUCUCGGCUCUUUUUCGAUGCCAAAGGAAAUGAGCAGUUGAAGAGAUCCAUGCAAGCAAGGAUUCAGAAAACAUUGUCCAAUAUGAGAACUCCUGGUUAUAUUGGUGAAGUCAUCUGUACCAAUAUCAAUACUGGGAAUGUUCCACCUUGCAUUGUAGGAAUGCGGGUUCUUCCUAUGGAAAUGAGUGAAGUAUGGGCCGUAGAAGUUGACAUUGAAUAUUCUGGAGGUGCACUAUUAGAGAUUGAAACAAGGCUUGAGCCUCGUGAACUAGAGCUCGAUCCAGGAACAGAAGACUCAAAUCCACAGCCAAACAAUGCUGGAGAUGUCCCUUCAGAUGUUAUUGAAGAUUUUGAAUAUUUUGAAGAGCAAUUGAAUUUUGCAGAAAGAACGAAUGAUUUACAAGAGCACAAAGAAGAAGGUGAUUGGAACUCUGAUGUUUCGAGGACCUUUAAGAGCACUAUUCCUUCGUUAAAUCAUGGAUCGAGAUGGAAAUCUAUAUUAAAUUCCGUUGCCAAACAGGUUUCACAGGUUCCUCUCUCCUUGGCAAUAAGAGUGACUUCCCUUAGAGGAACAUUGCGCUUGCAUAUAAAGCCGCCUCCCUCUGAUCAAUUGUGGUAUGGUUUCACAUCAAUGCCAGACAUUGAUUUCAACAUGGAGUCAUCUGUUGGAGAUCGUAAGAUAACAAGUGCGCACAUUGCUUUAUUCCUGGUCAACAGGCUAAAGACUGGAAUUCGGGAAACUUUGGUGCUCCCCAACUGUGAAAGUGUAUGCAUCCCAUGGAUGCUAGCAGAAAAGGAUGAUUGGGUUCCUCGAACUGUUGCUCCAUUCAUAUGGGUUAACCAAGAAUUUAGAAAUGAAACUUCCACUUCAACUUAUACCAAUAAUCAACCUUCUGGUGGAGUGAAAACUAGUGGUGCUAGCAUCUCAAGUAAUGAUUCAGAGCACAAACAACAAAAUUCAACCAGUGCUGAAUCUAGUCAAGAAGCAACUAGGAAAUCAUCAGAUUCUCUAGCACUCUCAUUAAAUUCCUCUGAUUCAGUAACAUCAGAAAGCAACAGGAGUUUCGAAGAGCCGGAUGCACCAUCUUUAGAGAAUGACAAACCUCAAAAGACCAUAGAUUUGAAAGAAUUUAAGACAUCAUCGUUACAAAAUGACAAACCACUUGAGACUGAUGAACAGAAUAUGGAGAGCAAUUCUGAGUUUCAGUCAGAACAUAAAAGUGCGGUGAUGGAGAGACGAAAUCAUUCUGUUGAGAGGGAAGAUGGAUUGCCAAAAAAAAUGGGGAGAAGGGAAAGGAUGCUUGAUUUGGGAAAGAAGAUGAGUGAGAAAUUGGAAGAGAAAAGGCGUCACAUUGAGGAAAAGAGCAGACACAUUGUUGAAAAGAUGCGAGGACCAUAAGAAUAAGAACUAUU